AUGUUCUAAAAUCCAACUUGUUUGCCCUAAAAUAUUUUUUCAUAAGGUAGAGGUAAAUUUUAGUUUUAAAUAUAUUAAGUUCAAAGUGGUUUAAACUUAAAUAGAGAUUAACGAAGAAAAGCUAUUGAUCAUUAUUCAUAUGCAAUAGAUUAAGUAAUUGGUUAAGGAUUUAGCAGUACAGUUUAUAAAGGAAGAGACGAAAAAACUUUAUAAAAUGUAGCUGUCAAAGUAAAAAAAAUUAGUUGUUUAGGUAAUUGAUAUGAAGAGGUUAAACAAAUCAAUAUAAACACAAUUACUAAAAAAUGAAAUAAAUGCAUUGAGAUAGUUCAAUCAUUAGAAUAUUCUAAAGCUUUUUGAUGUGUGUUAUUCUUAAAAUAAUACAUAUAUAAUCACAGAAUUUUGUGAUUCGGUAUAAUCCUGAU